AUGUUUGGCGUUCUACCCAUACGAACACGGUCGAACUACACGGAGGCUGCGCCAUCUGGCCUUCCGCCUCGUCCCAGCGCCGUGAUGGGCGCUGAAUCCGCCCUGCAACGGACACGGUCGCUCCUGGAAGGCGUAGCCAGGCAGCACAAGUAUGUGAUGAGCAAGAAUCGCCUUGGAGCGGAUCACAAAGCUGAUGAACUGGCAGCAUUGUCUUUGUUGAGGUCUCUCUUACAAGAGCUUGAGACUGGCAUUAUGGAGAAUGAGAAUCCCCCACCGUCAGUCAGCAAGCGGAAGGCCCUUAUAAAAGUAGAGAAGGCCCGACGGGGUGUGCUGGCUGCCGUCCGGGAAUGUGCCUGCCACGUCACUGAAAGUCAGAAAUUGUUCGAGCAAAUCGAACGUUUCAUCGAGCUCCGUCCCGAGGAGCCCGUCUCUCCGCGAAACUUCAACAUUAAGUGGACUCGGAAGGCAAACACAUCGCGUAAUGUCACCAAGCGCCGGGAGCCUUUCCUUGGACGGCACAAGCGCACGGACGAGUCGCUGGUUAUGUCCAUCGCCGGUCUAUCCGCCAUUGCCGAGGGUGGCGAGCGGGAUACUCCCAAGUCCGACGCCGCGGGGCCAACAUCCCAGAUACCGCCGGCUCCCGCCCCACGCGACAAGCUCCUGUCCUCCAAGACUGCCCCGAAAGUGGGCACUGUGCCAACCCCGAAGCGCGUUAAAGACGGCGAGAAGCGUGGCGCAGCACAGGACACUGCCACCGCAAGUGCAUCGGGCAGCAAUAGUGCUCGGGAGUACGACGUCGGUCCAGCUGCUGCGGCCGCGGCCGCCGACAAUGACGCUGUCCCUGCGGUGCAAACCGUACAUGAUGCGUCGCUCUUGCUGCAGCAGAUGCAGGUGCAGCCACGGAGGACCUCGGACUCUGAAGACGACCUGAGGGCCUCGCUGUCGCACGACGUAGUGCCAUCUGCCGACACGAUGUGUAACAUAGACUCGUGCAUCAGCGGACUGCCACAACGCGUACCUACGAGCGCAGUUGCCGCGGCUCCAGGCUGCGAUGCUGGCGUCUCGAACCUUCGGGUCUGCGGUACCUACGAGGAUCGCGCCUUCCAGCAGGGGGCGGACGACGAGGUGAACAGCGCUGAACGUGAGGAGAGCACCCCAGACCACCGCGUGUCCCUUCUGGGAUCUGCCAAGAGGGCGGCUGCUGCAGCCGUAGCAGCUGCUGCUGCCGCUGCUGCCAACCGCUCCACCGCCUCGACACCCCUGCGGCGACCGGAGCAGGGCAGGGGCCCGGGCUCUGCGGAGUUGGUGCCCAGAGGCUCAACACAGGUGGCGGCAGCCGUUAGCCUGGCGCCGGCAAGGGAUGGCUCUGCUAUCCACAACCAAGAUACAGUCACUCCCAACAGGAACUAUUUCGCAACGGAGCCCCGCCAACAUGCCAGCGCCGCUGACAUCCCCGUCGCGCCAGAUGACGUGCAGCUUCCACUUCCGCUUCCGUCAUCGCUAUCCCCGGAGCAUAUCUUCGGCACUCCUGGCCAUCAAGUCGACCAUUUCGCCCCCACCGGCUUAAUGGAAAGUCCUCUGCCAGAUAGGGGUCAGGCUGCCGCACCCGAUGCUGAGAUCGAUGCCAUUCCCCUGGUUGCCGCCGUCACGCCGCCGGAGCUGGCUAUUACCCCGCCGCCACGUUACGUCCGGACGCGUCAUCAUCACAACCGCGGCAGCGGCGCCGCUGAGACGGCGGUGCUGCCACCGGUUCACUACGGCCCACACCCCGCCCACGCAGCGGCGGUGGCUGCCGCGGCCGCCCAUCCAUACGGCGCCAACGGCUUCCCUCAUCCCCACAUUCAACCUCUCCAUCUUCACCUCCACCAUUAUGCCGCUCCCGAUCCCGCCGACGCCUAUGCCGACGCUGCCUCCAGCCUUAUUGGCCCGUAUUCAUUGCGAGCCUCGCUGCCCUGUAGCCUCCGAGAUUUUCCUGUUGCUGUGCCGCCAGGGAGACAGGGCAGCCUCGGCGGCGUCAGCGGCCCCGGCGGUGCUGUGGUAGCGGCGCCCCGGCCGGGAACCCGGUAUGCCGCCGGGCAGCCGCCACCCGUGUACCUCUCCCUGGACAGUGGGCAAUUUAACGCGCUGGCAGCUGCAUGGGACAACCUCAGUCUGGCGGAGACGGAGCCAGCGGCAGGCGCACAGCCUCAGCAGGGUCGGCGUGGUAAGCACCGCCGCGGUGGUGGGCUGCUUGGCGUUAUGCGCAGUGUCGUGGGCUUCGUCGGCGUCUCGCUAAUCAGUGGCGCGGCCAUGGCGCUGGGUGCUGCGGCUAUCAACACCAGCCUGGACGAACAGGAGGCUGCAGCGGCGCGCCAGCGACAGAAGAACGGCGCGCGGCAGCGGCUGCGCCGUGGGGGUGGUGAUGAUCUCAUUCCGCAGCGUACAUUGCAAAAGCUGCGCAGCCCCGACUUGUUGGCGCUCGGCCGCGGCUGA